CUUCUCUUCUCCUCCUUUCUCUAGCUUUUUAGAUCUCAAAGAUCUUGAAGAAAUUAAGCAUCAACAAGUAAUCGAUUGAGUUGAUAGGCAUCUAAUGGAGGCAUUUAGAGUGGUGAUACAACCGGCACCUUCCUCCUCUUCUCCUUCCUUGUUGGCCUCUCUGUGGAUGGCGGCAGAAGGCGGCGGCGGCGACAACUGGCAGCCGGAGCACAUGUUUGACAAGGUGGUGACGCCGAGUGACGUCGGGAAGCUGAACAGGCUGGUGAUCCCGAAGCAGUGCGCGGAGAGGUUCUUCCCGUUGGAGCCGGAGAUGGCCGACAAGGGGGUGGUGCUCUGCUUCGAGGACGCCGGCGGCGAGCGGUGGAGCUUCCGCUACUCCUACUGGCACAGCAGCCAGAGCUACGUGAUGACCAAGGGGUGGAGCCGCUUCGUCAAAGAUAAGAACCUCCACGCCGGGGACACCGUCUCCUUCCUCCGCGCCACCGCAGGCAGCCGCCUCUUCAUCGACCUGCACCACCGCCUUCCGCCUCCCGGAGUCGCACCCUGGGGAGGACAUACCGCCGCUGACCACCUCGUACGCUACAGCCGAACACUGCCGGUGCUUCCCCUGCAACCCAUCAUCGGAUCCGUCAAACAAACAGCUUCUGACGACGACGACGACGGCACGGUGCUGGACUCGGUCCCAGUGGUCAUUGGCGCCGUGACGCCUACACCCAAGGCGGCGCCCAAGAGGCUCAGGCUCUUCGGAGUCAACCUGGAGUACUGCUCCGACCUGCCGCCGCCGGACUCCAGCAUGCAGCAACAACUCCGGCCGCUGGAGGACUAGCAGCAAACACAGAGAGAUCAAAGAAGGAGGAUGAACAUGUUAAUCAAACCGAUUCUGCAUUAAUUUUUUUUUUGUUUAAUUUCUGUAUAAUUAUUCAAUUACAAGAUAAUUAUUAUAUA